AUGGCGCCGGUGGCGUCGACAGCGCCGCCCAAGAUCAAACGACCAAUACCUCCCGGCAUCCAAACCAACGGUGUUGCCGCUCCCCGUUCCUCGCCCUCGCCAUCAAUAUCGGCCAAACGCGCCCCUUCGGCCGUCCGUCAGCCCUCUAAUCCCCCCACUGCCACCGGAGCAACGCCUGUAUCUGCCCGUCAACCUACCAGGCCGCGAAGGGAUGUGUCUGGGCAGGCGCUGGGAAGGGGUCAGAGGAGCGCCGGGCUACGUUCGGCCAGCAUCGUGCCCGACCUCGCUUCAUCACUCACAACCGAACCCCCACCAUAUGUGGUCACCGACGACUAUAUCCUAAAAAAAUAUGCCGGCAACCCUCCGUCAUUAAUACUCCAUCUACACCCAAAUCACUUCCGCUUCGACCAGCAGGAGGGCAUGUUUCAUUACAGCUCGCCGAUGCGUCUAUUUUUGGAACAUCUCCGGACUCGGACCGUCCCCCAUGAAAUGGUCGAAUACUUCACCCAAGGGGGGGUGCGCUUCUACGAGGGCUGCCUGAUCGUCCAAAUACACGAUCACAAGUCAGUCGCGCAAACAAAGGAUGUCGCGAGGCCUACAUCGGCUUCGAGCAAAACGACACCUUUUUCAAUACACAACUACAACCAAUAUCUAACCCCGUCCUCUUACGUUCCCUACCCCAAGGAAGGCCUCUCGGCAAAUGGCGCAUCCACCCCCGCAGCCGAGGCGGACUCGGCCGGGAAGACUACUGAGGACAAGGAAAACAUGCCGGCCCCCAACGCACCUGCUGAUGGCGACAAGGCUAAAGCCGCGCCCAAGGCCAAGGUGAUGACUAUCGUACUCCACCCUACCCAACAAAGUCUACACAGUGACCUUGCUAUCAAGACUAGCACGCCUCGCGGAACAUCCGACGCCCGUGCCGAUGGGGCUGGCCCUCCACCAACUCCUCACGCUGCCGUGCCGCCGACGCCGACUGCGGCAAGCAUGCCGCCUCCCACAAAGAAACAAAAGAGGGAGCAUAUGGAGCUUGACCCUAGCAACAUAUACGCUGCCGAAUCUCAAGUACUGUUGGCGACCACCGCACCUCUAGACCUUGAGCCAACCAAGAACGCCGAAGAGACGAUAGCAAAACUGGAGAAGCUCGCCCAUCCCGAACACUCGCACAAGCCUCCUGAGCCCAAGACGCGGAAGAGGACGGUCGCCGAGGUCGCGGCCGACGAAGCAUUGGCUGCCGAGCAGGAGAGAUAUAUGCUUGUGAUGGACGAGCGUCUCUCGUCCAAGGUGGCCGGUGCCCAGGCCGGCGGGAACGGCGCGGACGGAGAUGGUCAGGCUGGGGCGGCCGCCUUCGAGCCCAGGUUCGAGCGGUUCAAGCUCAUUGCCGAUAUCAAACGGGAACACGCCGAAAGAAAGGAGAUUGAGAAGAUGAAGCAGGCCGAGAACGAGCGCAAGCUACUUCAGCAAAAGCAGCAACAGCAGCAACAGCAACAACAGCAGCAGGAGGCUGCCAUGCAUGCGGCGAACAGGCAGGCCGAGGUGGAGCGCCAGCGCAAGGAACAGGUUCUCCGCGAGCAGCAGCAGCGACAGGAUGCUCAGAGACGGCUUCAGGCGCAGGCGCAGGCACAGGCGCAAGCAGCGCAGCAAGCCGCUCAAGCCCAGGCGCAGCAGGCUCAGGCACAAGCUCAAGCCCAGGCCCAGGCUCAGGCCCAGGCUCAAGCACAGGCUCAGGCUCAGGCCCAGGCCCAAGCUCAGGCACAGGCUCAAGCACAGCAGCAUAAUGCCAACGCAGCAGCCAUGGGCCAGAUCCCACACGGACAUCCUGCGCAUCACAGCCCUCUGCCCGUCAGUAUGGCGCCUCAGGCACAGGGACGCUUCCAGCAGGUCUCUCAGCCGCCGGUGUCGUCACCAAUCGUGCGGCAAAAUACACCGCAGACAGCAUCGUCUCCCAUGGGCAUGGCUGGAGUGCCAAUGCAGCAUUCUACUUCAAACAUGGGACAAGCGGCAAGCCCCCCCAGGCCGUCAUCAGUUGUCCAGAACCUCCCCAUGGGCGUACCCAUGGCGGCCAGCAUGUCCGCACGCGGAAGCCAGCAAAGCCAUGCGGCUGGGACACCCAGAAUGCACGCGGCUACUCCCAACAUGGGGCACGCAACGCCAAUCACGAGGCCGCAGGUCGUACCGACGCCGCGGAUGACACAGGCGAGCCCGCCGCCUGGCAUGAUGACACCUGCGCAGCAGAUGGGACAAGCCAUGUUGAUGAACCCGCAAGGGAUGGGACAGAUGCCAAACAUUGGGCUCACGGCGGCGCAGAUUGCACAGCAACAACGGUUUGUGCUGCAACAGCAGCAGCUACAGCAGAUGCAGCAGAACGGCAUGAACAUGAUGCACCCUCAACAACUGGCGCAGCAGCGAAUGAUGCAACAGCAGCUGUUGCUGCAGCAACAACAACAGCAGCAGCAGCAGCAGCGGGGAGGCCAGAUGAUGAACCCGGCACACCCACUGGCACAGUACGCCCAGCAGCUCAACAACCUGCAGCAGGGGCAGAUGGGCCAGAUGGGCCAGAUGAAUGCGAUGCAAUUACAAGCCCAGCGGCAGUUCAUCGCAGCCCAAGCCGCCGCCCAGGCCCGGGGUCAGAACAUGAUGGCCAUGAACGGCAUGACCCCGCAACAGAUGGCCAUGAUGCAGCAAAUCCAACUGCAAAAGCAACAGCAGCAAGCCGCACAACAGCAACAGCAGCAGCAGCAGCACCCGCAACAACAGCAACAGCAGCAACAAGGCCAGGGCCAGCAGCAGCCGCAAGCGCAAACACAGCAGCAACAACAACAGCAGCAACAGCAGCAGGCGCUGGCCAUGCUUGCCAUGAACCCGGCGGUGCAGCAGCAGAUCCGCAACCAGACGCAGGCGCUCUACGUCAAGAACCUGCCCAGCCUGACGAGGAACUAUGGCGGGGCCGUCAGCAACGUCCCCGAGGAAGCCCUGACAGAAUUCAAGCGGAACUGCGCCGUGCAGGCAAAGAAUGCUGUGCUGAGGCACCUGUCGAUGCAACAACAGCAGCAGCAGCAGCAGGCGCAGGCGCAACACCAGGCGCAAGCUCAAGCGCAGGCACAGGCGCAGGCGCAGGCGCAGGCGCAGGCGCAGGCGCAGGCGCAGGCUCAAGCGCAGGCACAGGCGCAGGCUAUGCAGAUGCAGGGUAUGGCUGGGCUGCAGGGGAUGAAUUUGCAGGGGAUGAAUCUGCAGGGUGUGCAAGGGGUGCAAGGGGUGCAAGGGAUGGGGAUGAUGUCCCAGGGUAUGUAG